UAAGUCAACAACCUCGCACGAUCAGCUGGCGUCCAGCUCAGAAAAUAACAGCAAGGUUAUCUGUGUUGAUUUCAUCCUGAACGAACUAUCGCGAAGGCUUUAUUAUGCCGUUUGUCGCAACCAUGCAUUUCCUGAACGCGCUGCGCCUGUCAAACUCUGCUCAACUAAUGGUCAAAAAUACAGAUGUGGCGAAGAAAAUUUUCCUCGUGCAACAAGCAUGCUGUUUGGGCACGAAAUCAAUAACUCAGUUUCAGAGACGAUCCCCUGCACUACAAGAUCGUUUGCAUCUGAAAAUGAAAAUGCAUUCAAAGCCAUCUGGUUCCGGAGUGGAAAACAUGCUUUUCUACACCAUCACAGAGGGAAAAGAGCAAGUGCCCAUCUCAUACUUUACAGCAGCACUGAAAAAAAAUGGCCUUCACCCAUCCGAUCCUCGCCUUAAAGACUGCAUGGAGAAGCUCCGAGAGGCCGUGAAGGAAUCUGUUGGCGAGGUGAUGAUGGACAAAGACCUUUUCCACAGAUGUGUAGGAGGAAACAUUGUUCUGCUAAUCCAGGCCUUCAGGAAGAAGUUUAUAAUCCCUGAGUUUGACCUGUUUGUACAGAAAAUAAAUGAAAUCUACGAAAAAGUGCAGAAGCAAAGUGAUGGGAAGGUUGCAGACUACAUUCCCCAGCUAGCUAAAUUCAGCCCAGAGCUAUGGGGUGUGUCUUUGUGUACAGUUGACGGACAGAGGCACUCAGUAGGCCACACCAAACAGCCGUUUUGCCUGCAGUCCUGCGUGAAGCCCCUGCAGUAUGCCAUUGCUGUACAUGAGUCAGAAACUGAGAAGGUUCACCGCUAUGUUGGCAUGGAGCCCAGUGGACUCAAGUUCAAUGUGCUUUCACUUGAUGAUGAAGAUAAGCCCCAUAAUCCCAUGGUGAAUGCUGGAGCCAUUUUGAUCAGCUCUCUUAUCAAGCCUCACUCAAAUAAGGCAGAAAAGUUUGACUAUGUUAUGGAGUUUGUGAAAAAGAUGGCUGGCCAAGAAUAUGUAGGAUUCAGCAAUGCCACGUUCCAGUCAGAAAAAGAAACAGGCGACAGGAAUUUUGCCAUCGGAUACUACAUGAAAGAGAAGAAGUGUUUUCCUCUGGGAGCAGAUAUGAUCGAUGCCCUUGACUUCUACUUCCAGCUUUGCUCCAUUGAGGUAACCUGUGAGUCAGGAAGCAUCAUGGCUGCCACUCUGGCCAAUGGGGGAAUUUGCCCAAUUACAGGCGAGCGUGUCCUGAGUACUGAGGCUGUGCGAAACACCCUGAGCCUCAUGCACUCCUGUGGCAUGUAUGAUUUCUCCGGCCAGAUGGCUUUUCAUGUGGGCUUGCCUGCAAAAUCAGGAGUAUCCGGUGCAAUUCUGUUGGUGAUCCCCAAUGUGAUGGGAGUGAUGUGCUGGUCUCCUCCACUGGACAGGGUUGGAAAUAGUGUCCGAGGAAUACACUUCUGUCAGGAACUUGUGUCAGUGUUCAAUUUUCACAAUUACGACAACUUGAGGCACUUUGUAAAGAAACAGGACCCUCGCAGACAGGAUGGAGAUGACAGGAACAAGUCUGUUUUCAACUUGUUGUUUGCUGCCUACAGUGGAGAUGUAUCGGCACUGAGAAGAUUUGCACUUUCUUCCAUGGACAUGGACCUCAAAGACUAUGAUUCUCGAACAGCGCUUCAUGUUGCUGCAGCUGAGGGUCACAUGGAUGUAGUAAAAUUCCUCACUGAAACCUGCAAAGUCGAUCCAUUUGUAGAAGACAGGUGGGGGAAUCUACCGGUCGAUGAUGCCAUGCAAUUUGGGCAUGACGAGCUAGUGAAGGUGCUCAAAGAUUACCAGCAAGAGUGCAGGCAGCAGGAAAAGAAGCAGAGUGAAGCUGUGCAUCCCCAGAAGCUUGACACCAUUGAUGGCAUGGUGUGA